UUCGAGAGAUAAAAGAGCUGAAAAGGAAAAGUCAAAUGGUUUUUGCACAGAAUGGAAUUGAUUUUUCUCAAAUCGUCGAUAUCAACCUGGAUGAAGAUCCGGGGGAGACGUUGCUGGAAGAUGAGGUACAGGAAUCCCCUCAUGCCAAGGAAUAUCAAGCUCAAAUUGAAGUGUUGAAGGAUGAGCUGUUCAAUGCAAAGAAGGAUAUAGGUUAUGCGAUAGACGAGAGAGACAUUGCACAAGAAAAUCUUGCUGCCGCUUAUAGCCAGAUAGCACAACUCAAAGAGCAGAUGAAACUGGAGAAUGUCUCGCACGAGAAAACCAAGAAGGCCUUACAAGAAAGGGAUAAUAUCAUUAAUCAACUCAAAAGAGUAUCAACCUUGGUAUACAAUGAAUUCAACGAGGUUCAGAGCCUAUAUGAGAAGGAAUCCGCCAUGAGGGAACAAGCUGAAAAGAUGGCAUCAGAAUAUUAUGCAAAGAAUAAGGAAGCCGAGGCGUACAAACGUCAGAGUGCGAUGUUAGUAAGUGAUGCCAUCAGCGGAGAUGAUAAACUCAUUCAAAGCAUGACAGAAAUGGAGAAACUCACAAAGGAACUCGAAGAGGAGAAAGAGAGACAUAGAUUAGAGGUGAAGAGAUUAAAGGACGAGCUGGAACUCUCAGAAAGCCGGGAGAAGAUGGAAAUGCUCGAGAACAAGCUGAGCAUCGCAAAGGAAGAGAACGAAUCCCUGGAGAAGAGAGUGGAUGAACUCGAUGUCAAGAACAAGGAACUGGCCUACGAACUGAAAGAAGCGCUUAGUAAACCCAGUCUUCCGAACAUCCCACCGCCUCCCCCACCUCCACCAGUGCCACAACCCCCUAGGAACCCUCUAGAAAUGCUGCAGAAGAUCAUUAAAAGGAAAAAUCACAAUAAAAAGUCGGAAGAUGGCAGACAAUUGGACUGCUAUCAGAAGCAAUUUGAGACGGCGAUGCAGGACAUGAUAACGAGGAUCAAGAAGGGUCAGAUCGUUCUGAAACCGGUCACCAAACCUGAGGCUAGUGAGGGUAGGCCAUCAAGAGGACCAGCUUCAAAACAAUCUAUGAAGCGAGCACAGGCAGUACAAGAACUGGAUAAUAUACUGGUUGGUCUGAAGAAUAGGAACAGAAACAGACCAAGACCUCUACCCAAGGGGUCUAAGGAGACGGAACAAACCGACGAGUUUGCGAAAAUAAUGGCACAGAGGAAGGAACGAUCAAAGCAGCCGCCUCCAACAAGUGCGAGACCAUCCCCUCAACCCACAGCUCACCCACGCUCUACCCCAAGGUCAUUAACCUGCAGUACUAGUCUAGACAGUGGUAUUCUACCCCAUAGGACCGUCACCAACGUGCCUCCUGUUAUUCCGAAGAGAUCCCCUCUCACCACCACAACCAGCGACCCAACACCCCCUCCUCCCGAACCCAUCUACAGCACGGUACAUCAUGACGACAGUCCACCGUCGACGCCUUCCUCCACGCUCUCCUCAAUCAUCUCCUCGUCCUCCCAAGAGAUCGAGAUCCAGAACAACCCGGCUUUCAUCCACGAUAGCGGCGACGAGCGAUACGCCUCCGCGGACUUCACCCCACCACCCCCGACAGCAAAUCCCUCUGCCUUGCAACAGAAUGGCUCCAAGUUUACCAUCGCCACCGACUUUGGAGAAUCGGGCGACUACUCCCUGGUCGAGGAGAGGCAGGACAAGCCAGUGCCAUCGCCAAGGCGACAACCGUCGAUCCCCAAGCACGAGCCGGAGCCUUAUUACAGCGAGGUCAACAACCUUUAGAGUGUGAGCUGAACUUGUCAUGUGAUCGGUCAGGUGACUGCUGCUGAAUUUCCUAUCAUUUGUGUUUUUAAUCUCUGAUAAAGCCAUGUUCCUUUAGAUGCGGUUUUCACGGGGCAAUCAGCGAAAGGAAAAACGAAUAGAGCAAGCAAGCCCUAGAUAAACCAGUCAGCAUACAGAAAGAACAUGUAACCAAAAUAUUUUUAGUAUGAGAUCUAGUUGGGAAUUUACUAAUGUUUGAGUGAUUGGCAAUGGCUUCAGCGCCUACAUGUACAGUAUUUGCCGUUGAUAUGCCCCGUGAAAACCGCACUUGCAGAUGUUUUUGUAAUAUCUCUAUUACCUCUUUUUGAAGGUAAGCCUAUAUGUAUAUAAUAAAAAUAAAGAGUAUCAUGUUUUAAAAUGGUGCAUUUUUAUGUAGUUGUACUAGAAAAGAGAGCUCUUUGGGCCUAAUAUAUAUAUAUAUACAGUGUAUUUAUGUAUAUUUUCUUGCAAUGUAUAGACUUGUUAUCCUAACAUUCUAAAGAAAAAUUAGGUUAUUAUACUAGCCUUUUUAUAAAUUCUUGCUAAUUAUUGCCUAACUUAUAUGAUUGUGAUAUGUUCAUUAGAUUUGUGACUUUUAUUGUUAAGGGAGAAAGAGAUUUCAUGGUAGCAAAAUGUAUUCAGAAUACGUUUUCACAAAGAAAUAGAUUGAUUGUACUUAACCAGUAGUUUUGAUUGUCACAUCGGAUAUUGUUUUAUUCACCAUUUAUAAUUCAGAAAUUUGUAAUUCUACACUAAUAUUCCUUGCUUUUUAGUGGGCCAAAAGCUGAAUAACCAAUUGCCUUUGAUGCUUAACAUAUGCUUUUGUCGACUAUAAACGACACUGGGGAAUUCUUUUUUUUUUUUUUGGGGGGGGGGUGGUUUUGGAUGUUAUUAUUCAUUAAUUCUUAAUUUUUUAACAGUCCCUUAUAAAGAUCAAAGUGGUGUGUGAAAUGUGAAAUUAAAAAUGGUCUUUCAUUGUGGAAGCUGAAAUUUAAUUCUCAUCCAUUCACAGUGCAGUGAUAAAGUCUAUAUAUUGAUUUGUGCAAUACAAUAGAUCCUAUCAACUUCAUUUCAGCUUCAUUUGUAGUUAUAUCCUGAGAAAUUAAUUAGUGAUAGUUAUUUGGCAGUCAAUGUAAUUAAUUGCAUACCUUGAAUUUCUUUUAGUAAGUUUAAUACACUCUGACGAAAUGGAAGGAGAGGGGCAAACAAGUUUUGGAGGUAAAACUUUUCGCCCACAAGGUAUGAAUGUUACUCUAUUUAAACAUUGAAAUGAUCAUGUUGGCUGGAAGGAUUAUGUAGGAUUUGUUGAAAGAUUUGAUUUUUUAAUUAUGUGAAAUGGGAUAAACUUACAUUUUUACUUGCUCUAUUGCGAAGUUACGCAUGAUUUCACAUCUUAAUAGCACCAGGGGGCCCGUAACACAAAGCUAAUAGCAAUGAUCGUAGAACAUUUUUGUACGAUUGAUUGCAUUGACUAGUACAAUGUCCAAUCAAGCGUAUGAUUAAUCGCUAACCUUGUGUUACGGGACCCCGAUCGCUAAUUGUCUAAGUUGCUUUGCAUUUGUCAAAAUUAAGAUCUAUUGGCCCGUUUUCUGAAGUCGGGUUUAACUUGGACCAUGGUCUAACUCUGUGCUAAAAGUAUGGGAAGCCAAACGUUUGAAAAUUUUGUUUACAGUGAAUGCUUCACAUGUUUACUGUGCUCUUUACUAAUUCUUUAAAGAGAAAUGCCAGUAGUUGCAGUAAACACUGAUUUCAUGUGAAAGUCUGUAAACCAGGCUUAAUUGUCAGUAUAUCAUCGAGGAUCUAGAUCUGGUACAGUUACAUAAACUGAACUUUGUGAAAUCAUAAAAUCUAAGCUGAAAUACGAUCACACUGAAGAUCUUCAACACAGAUAGGCACACGUGGGACAGUGUAUUAUUAUUGCUGGAAUAAAGACCCGACGGAAGUGACCGAAUCCGCGCUUAUUUUGCUUAUUUCUCAGCAAUUACACAAUUUCUUCCAGAAUCCUUUGGCACAUAUUUUUUAUUCAUACAAACAGACACUUGGGUGGUCAUUAUAUUAGAUUCUGUAAAAAUUCAUUUUGAGAUCGUUACCAGAACUGGAAUUUACCUUUAAUGGUGAAGACAAUUGUCAUUCCUUAUCCUUCCCAGGCAGUUAAUAUUGUUUUUGCGAGUCGAAUGAGCUGAUACAUUGAACCUCUACUGUUAGAGAUUUAUGUAACAGCUGGCUUCCAUAGUUAAACCACAACUUAAAACCAGAGUUUAAAUUAAACCCGACUUCAGAAUACGGUCCUGUGUCAAACAACAAGAAAGUAUUUCAAGAGCAUUUAACAGCCCCCCCCCCUCAUCUCCUAAUUUAUAUCCAGCAUAUAAGAGAGCAUUAUAGUCACCAAAUCUAAAAAAAAAUCAAUAUAUUUAAUAAUGCAAAGUAUAUUAGUGUAUAUAUUUAUAUGUAUAAAUGACUUUGUAAGAUAUGUACAUGUAAGUAAUACAAGCACAUUUUGUCUCACGAGGUCGCUUUGUCAUUGAAUAUUGUGUUCGAUAUGUUGGACCAGUAAAGCACUUAUAACAGUAGUACAUGCAAAGGAAAUUUGGAAUCUAGUGUAGGGAACAAAUGACAUAACAAAGAUAUUGCAUAUGAGUAAGAUUUUCUUUUUAUUGUAUUUCACUUUUCAUUCAUUUAUAAUCAAUCGCAUUUUACAUGAUUUUUUUUUAUUUAUGUGUAAUCGAUAUGCAAGGAAUAUGGUUGCUAUGAAAAAUGCUGCAUCACAAUUUUAUACAAAUCCAUUGUGUGUAAUCGAUUGUAACUGGUGAUGGCAUUGCAUUGUGGGUUUUUAGAUCCGAACAAACUCAGAGUAAGGGGAAGUUGGUUUUAAUAAAGGCAGGGGAAAAAAUAGGUCAGCAUUCUUUGUGCCAGGGCCAGGGAUGUUUGACAUCAUUUCAUAUCCCCUUCUAAGAGAAAAAUAUCAUGUUCCAAAGUUUUAUAUUAUAUUCUCUGUAACCUUGUCCUCCUUUUAUCAUUUUUAUUAAGACCCUACUUUAAUCUUCACUUUGUAUUUUUUGUCCCAUAAACAGAUAAUUCUUCUAAAUGACAGCAGAAGAUUUUACAUACUAUCAUGCCAUAACAUGGUGAUGGUAUUUUUAAUAUGUUGAAAUCAAAGCAAGAUUACAGGAUUAUGCUAACUGGUUGCAUACAGAAACAGAUUUGUAUGUUAAAUGAAUGUGCUUAAAUGAUGUAUAUGUGAAAUAUUGUAGAAUUUCAUGGGGAUUUUGUGUAUCUUUUUGAGGGCGCAGGGUUAUUUUCAAUAAAAAAUUGGAAAGGUGUCUUUCAUCACCCCCAAA